ACCGAAGGCUUGCACAGCUAACCUGGUUGAUCCAUAGUGCUUGUGUGUAGUGCUCUUUCCAAGCAUUUUGCACAGUACAGGAUCUUAGAGCUUGCAGGGCCUAGUUAGCGAUGGCACCGCGUAGCUCUCUACUGCUUUUAGGCGUCGUUAUUUUGGCAGUUCUGGACCUUUCUUUCUCCCAAGAGGCGCCAGGAACUUGUCCAACAUUCCCACCGCCAGAAGAGUGUCCCGAUGAACCAGAUAAUGAUUGUAACGAUGACUCAGAGUGUGCUCAGUUAAGUGGUGAAGGAGAUGUAUACAAAUGUUGUCUUGAUGGCUGUGACAAGCGUUGUGUUCCCGCUCUUCCUCCACCAACGCCUGCUAAACCGCGAAUCGGAGGCCCUGGCGAACCAGGACCAAAAGGAGAAAAAGUAAGAAAAUAAACGCAUUAUUGAUAU